AUGAUAAUUUUGGACUUCCAACGGCAGGAAAUGAUAAUUGAUUUAUCUAGUGAUAAUAGCACAUUGAAGCAGAUGUUUCAGGACGAAAAGAAUAUUGUUAAGUUUUGGUUACAAGUAAAGGACGAUUUUCCAACUUUGACAAAUAAAGCCUUAGAAAUUUUAUUACCAUUUGUGACAUCCUACUUAUGUGAAACUGGUUUUUCUGCAGUAGCAGUAUUAAAAACAAAGUACCGAUCUCGUUUAGUGAUAGAAAAGGAACUGAGAACAGCGAUUUCUACAAUGGAGCCGCGGUUUGAGAAAAUUUGUGCUGAAAAACAAGCUCAACCGUCGCAUUAA